CAGCUUCAGUUAACACCUGGGAUUUCCUUGGGAGGAAUACCCCCCGCAACAGAGUUCGCGUACAUCUUGACGACUUUCCUCGAGAAACGAGGGGAAGCCAUUCGGAGAUGUCUCAAAGUCCAUUUUCCAAGUGCCUCUUCGUCAAGAUCUGCACGGAAAUCUCAUAAACAUCUUGACAGAACUGCAGGCAGCGAGCACAGCGAUAAUAGCUCUACUCACAUCUGCUGCACACGAUGCCAAACCAAAGUACUCUCUUUCGGAGAUACACCAUCUUAUAUCCAAGUCGGGAUGUUCAGAUCUCCUCAAUUACAGGAUCCGCUGAAUUCGAUUCCACUGCUUCUAUCGUGCGAUGACCCAGUCGCGGGGGAGUUGUUAUCUCUGAUCGGAGAAUGCUGCUCCGCGAAAGAGGUUGUUAUCUCCGUUCAGGAAGCAGUUGAGAGGCUGGAGGUAUCACUCAACGCUGACGAUGAUGGAUUUGAAGAAGUAGAGCAAGAAAUACCUCGACAGGCGGCCUCCUCGCCUGUAGUUCGCCUUUCUAUUCUCACUGGGCUAUACGCUGCUUCGAUCCCAAGGCUGAAGUUGCGAAAGAAAACAGCUCCGGACACUCUUCGACCUUUACUUACUGAGCUAGAAACCGUGAAUCUUAUGGCUGGGUCCACGGCGUCCACUGAAGAAGGCCGAGCACUUAUUUCUGCGACGGCGUCAUUGGUGAAAAGGGCUGCUCAGUGGGUCAAGGGCAUUCCGGACGCCAAAGAGGAAGACGCCUUAGGAUGCACU